AUGAACUACAAAACACUUUAAAGGUUAGUUGAAUUUUCUACUGUUUUGCUCUUACUACUUGGUAUCUUCUGGGUCAUAUUUGCAGCAAUCAUCUAUUCAAAAAAUAAAGACAUAAGCAAUGUUUCUGAGUAUGAUUCUUAUAGAGGAGCCCUUGCUCUUGGUAUUGCUUUUGGUAUUAUACUCAUAUUAUGGGCCUUAUUAGGUUUACUAGCUGCCUGCAAAAAGUACAAUUGUCUCUUAGGUACCUAUAAUGUGGGAGUUUUUAUACUUCUUCUUGUUUCUCUAGCUAUUUUAAUCAUUAGUAUAGUUGUGACUGCUUACAUCAAAGACUAUAAAAAUGAUACUGAUUGUACUAAAGAGAGCCUAUUAAAAGAUCUAAAAAAAUUAAAUGAUUAAUCAUACUAAAUGCUUUGCAAUGUAAACUGUAAAUGCAAUUAUAAAGGAUCAAAUUUAGAUGCUCUAUCACAUGGUAUAGUUAACUAUAGCAGUAGUUAGGGAGUUUUAAGAGCAUAAGAUUGCCAAGGAUUUAGCAGUAUUGGAGUAAGUAACUUAAAAUCUUAUAGCGACCUUUUGAGAUCAGUAGAAGAUACCUUUAACUGCAGUGGUUUUUGCAAUACAAAUAAUUACUAUGUUUUUAGUGAUGUAAAUAAUGGUUUCCCUAACAAAGACUGUAAAAAAGAAGUUAUUGAUUUCAUAGAUACUAAUAACACAAGAAUCAUUAUAGCUUCAGCUAUUAUCACCUUCUUUUUCCUUGUCAGCUUUAUAUUAGUCAUAUGCUUAUGCUGUAAAAAGCCUAAGGGAGAAAAUUUUUAUCAAAGAACAGGUGAAGGAUAAUACAAAGCAUGA